AUGAGGACGCCGCAGAAACGACAUGUAUGCAUCCUUCUACCGAACAAGCAGCACCUGGACUGUACUGUCAGGGUGAGAGCCAGAGGCCAGGAGGUUCUGAAUAUUGUGUUGAAGCAGCUCAGCGUCAGUGAACUCAGUGUCUUUGGUCUGGCUGUUCUCAGAGAUAAUGAAUACCUCUUUCUUUAUUUGGAACAAAAGCUGAGCAAGUACUUUGGCAAAACAUGGAGCAGGGGAUCCUUAAUGGUCCCAUUUAUCUUAUUUCUGAGAGUGAAGUAUUAUGUAGAGAGUGGGCUGCUGAUAAUGAGCAGCAAAGUGCGGCAGCUCUACUACGCUGAGCUGAGGCAGAAGGUGCUGCGUUCGCAGAGCCGCCUUCAGGAGGCUUUGUUCUUCCAGCUGGCUGCUUCUGCUCUCCAAGCCGAAGUCGGAGAUCUGGAGCAAAGAGCGGAGGGGAGUGAUGAAGAGGAGGGAGAGGAGAACAGACACAGACAUUACUUUCUUCCUGAAGAUUUCUUUCCCUCAUGGCUGAUAAAGCGCCGUGGACGAGAAUUCCUGCUGCAGCACUGCCCGCCGUUACACGCUGAGCUGAGGGGUGUGACUCGCAGCCAAGCCGUCCUACAGUUUAUCAAAGAGGCCAGCAGUCUACAGGAUGGACCGGUCACUUUCUACAGAAUGAGACAGGAGAAAAAGGAACUGAGGAGUUCAAUCCUUCUCGGCGUGACACUGAAAGGAGUUCAUAUUUAUCAGGAGGUGGAAGGGAAGCAGUGCCUAUUGCAUGAUUUUUCUUGGACCGUCAUUGAGCGCCUCACUUUCCAGGGCAGCAGGUUUGAAAUUGCUGGAGUGGGCUCUCUGUGCCUCCCUAAACUGGUGUUUUACACUCCUUCAGCCUUCCACUCCAAACACGUGCUGAGGCACCUCAGUGACAGUCACUGGUUCCACAUGAACACCAGAGAUGCAGCCAGCCACAUCCAGCAGCUGGAGGACAAGCAGGCCAGUCACUUCUACAAAGAGGCCUACAUCUGUGACACGACACGCUUAGCACACAGACUCCAGAGCAACAGCGUCACGUCUUCCAUGUCUGACUGUAGCGUUGUAGUCGAAGCAAACGCACUUGGUCCAAAGAGGAGGAAGACAAAGUCACAGGUCAGCUGA